AUGGGCCCAGGCCAUGACGGCAGUGAUCAGCCAGUCGUCAUCUUCUGUGUGGGUGGAGGUCAUCAAGGUUGCUCUGGUUUCGCCACCCUCCUCACCCAUGCGGUGAGGGCCUCCCCGUCAGGCGACCUAGACCAUGCUUUGUUUCUGGUUCACAACGACGCGGGACGCGUGGAUGAGAGGGGGGCGUGA